AUGGCGCAAAGGCCAAUGAAUGACCAUCAAGCCAUGACAGGAGGAACAAGAGGAGUUCCGCUUAUGAUGCCAAAUCGUAAUUCACCUUUGUCUGGAAUGCAACAACAGCAAAACUUUCAAUUGAAUCAAAUGCAUCUUCAGCAACAACAGCACAAUCAAGGCUCUAACGGGCAGAUGAUGCAACACAACCUCCAGCAACAACCACAAAUGCAGAUGAAUGCAGGGCCGAAUAGUCAGCAGCAGCAGAACAUGAACUUAUCGUCCGAUUCAAAGAUGCAAGGGCGAAUGCAGGCACCUCAGAGAAAUAUUCAACAACAGCAGCAACAGCAACAACCUUCACAACAAAUCAAUGUUCGCCCGAUGCAUUUAGAAGCUCAACAUCAAAUGCAACAAAGUCCGAUAAGUCCUCAAAUGGAUAUCUCAACCAGCUCGACUGGCAUGAUGUCCGACAGAAACGAACAGAAUUCAAAGCAGGUCGCUCAGGGUUCACCCACUCAGCCGGGUGAUGUUCAAAGGAUGCUGCAUCUAUAUAUGCACGAUUAUUGUCUAAAGAAUAAUCUGAUCAAAGCUGCCAACUCUAUUGCCAGUGAGACAGGCGUAAGAACGGAUGAAGGCGUUCCUUUUGGCAAGGAACAUGAUCAAGGUUUACUUUUAGAAUGGUUUAAGACAUUUUGGCAAAAUUACGUUAAAGCACAACAAGAUCAACCGCAAAGUUCUCUUCGAUUGCAGCAAUCUGAUUCACCGCAGGAUCUGUUUUCUCAAUUUGACAAAUCACAAGCGAUGGCAGGUGGUUUCGGUCAUGGCAGUGAUAUGCGAAGGACAGAGACGGAACCUAUUUUCAGAAAUACACCUUCCCAGAUCAAUCAAAAUGGCCCUUUGGGAGGUGGUUCAUUAACACCUUCGCCCUUUGGAACCGGAGCCGCUGCUGCUGCCCGCUUUUGGGGUUCUUCAGAUAUUUCAGAGGAUUCCGUCAUGCAACAAUUGACUCCGAGAACAUUGGGUAGAGAGACGGCCGCUUCGAUGCAGCGUAUGGGAUGGGAGGGUAGACCAAUCGAAUCUUUAAGUGGAGAGGAGAAGAGCAGAUUGGCAAAUGUUGUUCGUCAAUCGCAAAUUCAUCAGCAAAAUGCAUCAAUGCAACUUAUCAAUUCACUUCAGCCUAGUCCGAUAUCUUUAUCAAAGAUAGGCACGAAUGAAUCGCGGAAUGGCAACAAUCAAAAUUUAGGCCGACAGUCUCCCAACCUUACCAUUGGACUUUCUUCGCCUAUCUCUACGAUGAAUGUACCUCCAUCUCCAACGACAUCAAAAGGUCAUUCGAGCGGCGUGCCUGCAUUCAACAAUUCGAGAAAGUCACCAGGUCAAUUGGCAUCUAGAAAAAAACGAAGAUCUUCGGUGAACCUCCAAGCUUUGAGUCAAAUACAAAAUGCAGGUCAAUCUGGUAAUAACACUUCUCCCGUCACAAAUCGUAAGAACGGACAGGUUCCACCGCCUCCUGCAUCACCAGCCGAAGCAGCACGCACGUUUGAGGAGCAUCAGAAUUUGGCCAAACAACUUCAAACGCAAAGCCAGAGCAUCAUCGGACAUCAAGGCCUGGUAUCACCUGCUAGUAAGCGAACAAACUUGAGCAAAGCGCAACAAGCACAGUCUGAUGCUCAAUCACAUGCAACUUCUCAGAUUUCAGCUCAGAUACAACAGCUCCAACAACAAUUAAUGCGCGAUUCCAAUACAGGAGGAGGAGGUAGUCAGCCGAAUAAUCCCCUAAGUGGUGUGGCGAUGCAAAGAAAUACUUCUAGUUCGUCUAAUCAAAUCUCGCAAUUGCGAAUACUGCAAGGUAAACUUUCGCAAAACAAUCGUGAACAAGAUGAUCAAUCUGGCAAUCCGCCAAGUUCUGCCGGAAAAGGUAUGCAAAGGCCAGGCUCAGUUCAAGGACCGAUUGUGGCCUCUCAAAUGCCUCCUGUAUCUCCGGUAACGUCUAUGGGACCACCAAUGUCAGCGCCUGCAACUCCAUUCAAUUUUGCAUCUCAACAAAGAAUGUCAGCUAUAAGCAAUUCACCAUCUUCUGCAUACUUUGGCGGAAUGGGUAUGCCGGCAAAUUGGCAAGGAAACGGAAUGGGCGAUCCAGAACAGCACGGCAGUGGUGGUAAUGGCAAUCCUCAUCAGCCAGGCAAUAGUGCUCCGAUGCACUUCACUGCUCAACAGGAUCCAAUGAUGAACACCGGAAACAAUAUGCAUCCUCCACAGCAAGGACCUGCAGGAUCCAUAAAUGGUUUGGGUCUUGGAUUUAAUGGUCAGCCUGGUGGGCCUCCAGCUCAACAUCAACAACCACAGCAGCAACAACAAAUGCACCAUAUGGCUGAGCAAUCACCAAUGAUGGCAUUUGAUCCCCAAUCGCAUCAACAUCAAAAUCAGAUGGGUCUAUCACCAUUUACAGCACAAGGUCAAAAUCAAAACCCAAUGGCAUUUUUGCAAUCACCAAAGCAAGCACAAGAACAAAGUGGAAUAAUGACUCCAAUGCAGCCUAUGGGAGGAAUAUCCGCCGGAACACCCAUGAUGGAUCAAAAUAUUUGGGCAUCAAUGGGAAUGGGAGGAAUGGAAAAUCACGGAAUGAAUGAACCUUUUAACUCAUAA